AUGGCAGCCACCGCACAAUCAAUCCGUUUUGGUGGUGCUGUCCCUGCCACCACUGCCGGUAACCUAGACGCUCUCAACAGAGUCCUCGCCGACCUCUGCACCAAAGGCAAUCAAAAGGAUGGGGCUGCAUUAGCAUUUAGGAGACAUGUGGAGGAAGAAGCUCGUGAUCUUAGCGGAGAAGCUUUUUCGCGAUUUAUGGAUCAGUUGUAUGAUCGAAUUACUACUCUUUUAGAAAGCAAUGACGUGUCUGGAAAUUUGGGAGCAUUAAGGGCCAUUGAUGAGUUGAUUGAUGUAGCACUUGGAGAGAAUGCGUCGAAGGUUUCAAAGUUUUCGAGUUACAUGAGAACUGUAUUUGAGGUGAAGCGUGACCCUAAGAUUCUGGUUCUUGCUAGUGAGGUUCUUGGCCAUUUAGCCAGAGCUGGCGGGGCAAUGACUGCGGAUGAAGUGGAACGCCAGUUGAAAAAUGCACUCGAAUGGCUUGGUGGUGAAAGAGUUGAGUAUCGUCGUUUUGCUGCCGUCUUAAUCUUGAAAGAAAUGGCUGAGAAUGCUUCAACAGUAUUCAAUGUUCAUGUACCUGAAUUUGUUGAUGCUAUCUGGGCUGCUUUGAGGGAUCCAACAUUGGCUGUUCGAGUGAGGGCUGUGGAAGCAUUACGUGCUUGUCUCCGCGUUAUUGAAAAACGUGAAACACGUUGGCGUGUGCAGUGGUGA